AUCUCUAUCUCUAUCUAUUUGGCUCUCUCUCUCUCUCUAUCUCUAUCUCUUUGGCUCUCUCUCUCUCUCCUCCCAUAAUCCACAACAAUCCAAAACCUGCUUCGUACCAAAACCAAAGGCCGUGGUGGCUGCUUUUUCUUCUUCUUCUUCGCUCAGCAUAACCCCCCCAAAAAAAGAAAAAAAAUCAAAAUUAGAAAAAAAUAUAGAAAAAGAAAAAGAAAAGGAAAACCCAAAAAAGGUUUUGUCUUUGUAUUAUUGUACCAACCUUUGUUGUUCGUGACGAUUUCUGGAAAAUUCGAGGGAGAUUCAAUCGGAAGACCAACACGAAGAACCGAAGAAAGAGUUUGAACAAGUUUCUCAUUCUUCGCCUUCCGAUUUCAACGCAAUUUCCAUGUUUUGAUUGACUCGGAUCUGAGGUUUCAUUCUUUUCGUGCGAAGAAAUCUUAGCAUUUGAGCUUUUUGAGCCGCCGCUUUUUGGCUUUCUAGAUCUUGCGGUGAUCUCAGAAUCGACGAAUCUAAGAGGAAUUCGGAUCAGAUUUGGUUUUGGUUCGAGCAUAGAAUAGAUUAAAUUUCGAACUUUGAGCGACUUCGAUUCAGAAAUCGAAUCAGAAAAAUUUUGUCCGCCAUUGUUGGAGCUCGGAGUUUGUAAUGGAUUACGACGAUUUCCGCGCGAUAUUGGACAGCUCGGGAGUGGACGUGUGGACGUUCAUCGACACGGCGAUCGCUGUCGCGUCCAUGGACUACGGCGGCGAGCUGAGGCAGCGGAGAGACGGGAUCGUCGAGCGGCUCUACGCGGCGAGCUCUUCGUCCUCGGCUUCCGAUCAUCAUCGUCCUCGCCAUUACGACCGGGAAGCGAAGACCGCCGGCGAGAAGGAGAGAGUCUCGCCGCCGACGCCGCAGUCGAUCGAUAGAGAAAACAGCGAUAACGACGGCGAGGGGCUAGAUCCGUACGGAGGCUUGUUCGACGAUGAGCAGAAGAAGAUUCUAGAAAUCAAGGAGCAACUUGAAGAUUCUGACCAGUCUGAAGAUACAUUGGUGGAAUUGCUUCAGAGUCUUGCUGAUAUGGAUAUAACAUUCCAAGCUCUCAAGGAAACGGAUAUUGGGAGACAUGUGAAUCGGUUGAGGAAACAUCCGUCGAGCGAAGUCAAGCGAUUGGUGAAGCAAGUUGUCAGGAAAUGGAAGGAUACCGUGGAUGAAUGGGUGAAACUGAAUCAACCUGGAGAACAUGCAUCAAAUUCUCUCAUGGAUGGAGAUUCACCCCAACAGAAAAUUCCCCAAAAUGGUCAUCACCAGGUUCCUGAUUUUGCAUACUCACCAAAUCCACACAAUGGGAGUUCUGGGUCAGACAAGAACAAUUCAGAACCAGAACAGAAGCCCAAAGCAGUUCCUUCUCGGAGAGAAGCUCUGCCGAAACCAAUGAAUCCAUCAGUCCCACAGUCCGCUCACUCAACUCCCCAAAAUAGACAGAGGGAACAAAGGGAGGGCAGCUUUGACGCGGAAAAGCUGGCUUCCGCAAGAAAACGGCUUCAAGAAAAUUACAAAGAAGCUGAAAAUGCUAAAAAGCAAAGAACUAUCCAAGUGAUGGACAUCCAUGAGAUCCCAAAACCAAAGGCAAAAAAUGCUUUCUUCCCUAAGAACAAGGGUGGAGGAGGUGGUUCUCUCGGAAGACACUGGUGAAUGGCGAUUCUGGUUAUUUCCUUCAAAAUUUGGAGCAGAAAAGAAGGCUUUUUUGGGUCUGUAAAAGGACAUUUGGAAAAGGAAAAAACUCAAACCCGUUAAAUCCUUUUCUAGUUGACAUUUUUUUUUAGCCAAAAAAAAAUGGACUCCUGUUUUUGCGCCCCUUUUUUUGUUUUUAGUUUUUUUUUUUUUUUAAUAAGGAAAUACGAAAUUUGCUCAAUUCUACUUCAACAUGUACAUAUGUGGACUGAUGAAUUGGAAAGAUGAGGGCAUAUAUGUCUUUCGGUGAUA